ACCUGGUUGGUGUUUCGUUCCGCGUGGUGUGAUAAACAACUAUUUUCAAAAUUCUUCAAUAAUAGUGUUAAGGAGAUAAAUAUCAAUCAAAACUAGUGUGACUAACAUCCCGAACGACAUUAUCGCGAGUGCAAGAGUAGGAAACCUGUAAACCAAAAUGGAUUACAAUCAGGUUGUGCCGAACGAUUCCGCGCCUGCCAAAGAGGUUGAAUCAGAUUUGCUGCAUGAUAUUAGGAUGGACACGGCAAAUUGCGACCCGGCAACUACUGAAUCGUGGCAAAAUAGUGCGCCCAAACGCUCUUAUUAUGAUCAUGAUGAAAUCGAUGGACCUGAAAUGGAACCACAAAAGAAGCUAUGUCGCUAUUACUAUUUGGAUCGAUGCAUGAGGGCUGAGAGUUGCUCCUUCAUGCAUUCAGAAUUUCCUUGUAAAUUCUAUUAUUUUGGAUACGAGUGCAAAGACGGUAAGAACUGUAAGUUGUUACAUGGAUCUGCCUUGGAUCCGACCAUGACGCAGGCUCUGUGGCAUCAUGUGAUGUCCGCACCAGCGAAUCUCCUCCAGAGAUUCCCAUGCUUUCCCCACGUUUUGCUGAAGCAGAAUUUCGAUGAUCGCCACAAUGAAUUGAUUCAGAUGGAGCAAGAAGGACUUCUUGAAGAUCGUGAGAUGAAGAUAAAUCCUGUUUCGUCGACCUUGUUGAGCGAGGUCAUUAAAACGGUCAGCAAGACGCAAGUGACGGGCGACGCUUUCGCCCAACUAGGAGAACUAUUGGAGAUUUUGACACCAGAGCAAAUUGCAUCGUUGGCAAGCAUCGGAGUUGAAACAAUGGACCAACUGUUCCAGUUGGGUGCCAGCUCUCUGCUGGAUCUUGGAUUCGAUUUCGAUACGUUGAUUAAGAUUGGAAACUUCAAGGAGAUACAACGCAAGAAAUCCAUUUACACUGCCGAAAUUGACGAGGAUAGUCAAAAUGACAUUAACACUUCUGACAUUUUUGGCUCUGAGGUACUUGAUGUGUCGCUUACUGCUCCGGUCGAUACACCUGUCCUCACCGAUCAAGAAUUACUGAGCAUCCUCAAUGAAGAUCUAAAUACUUCUACCUCAACAAUUGAGCGUUCAUCCGCGCAGGACUUUGAAGCCACUUUGUCUGAUCGUGACUUAAAACCCAAACUAUACACAAUCAACUGCGAUGAUUUUCCUGGAGAUCAAAACGAUGCAUACUCCGGAAUAUCCAAGGCAGAAUUUGUUGAUGUAAAUUCUGAAAGCAGCCAAGGCAGCGGAUGCGCUCUCAAAGCAUUCCGAAGUGACGCUGGAAGUGAGUGCCAUCAACUUAUGCUGUACCCAUCAGUCAAGGAAAUGGAAAACGAUAAAAAAUCAUUGGACUCCAUUCAAAGAACUGUUGAUCAGUUGAAGAAAAUCGAUUCGCUGCUGUCGGAGGAGAAAAAGCAGGACACCAGCUGGGGCAGCGAAGAAAAUGAUGUCUCUACGGGCCACGGACCGAGGCACGAUUCGUACGUCACAGACUCAGUGAACCAAUCAUUCGGAAGCGAGAGUGACAGCCAAACUUGUUUUCGGAUGCCUUUCAAAUCGAUCAUUAACCACUACACACCAGCAACAGAGAUAGAUGCAUCGAAUGGAAAGUUUCUAAUCACACAGUACAAGUUGAUUCCAGUCGAUGUUCCAAAACCUAACUUUGAACGCAUUCGUCGUACAUUCGUUGCGGCGCCCACGUACAGUUUGGAUCCACGCCUACAGAUUAUGUUCAAUGUCGGCCCAACGGAAGUGCGUCAUGUUGAUUGUUCCAAAGUCAGUAUCCGUGAUCCACGAUUGAAGAAAUCAACCGAAGUUCACAUCGGUGACGUUCCAGAUCAUCCCGCAUAGAUGGUACAAGAUUCCUUCGUAUACGACCAAAGGUUGGUACUACUCUAUCGCUUUGUAAUGCUUUUACAAGAACAAUUAUUACCUCAAUAGACAGUAGAAAAUAAUCUACAACAUCUUAUUCUUCCGGACUUGUUGUCGCUUAAUGUUUUUAAAUUACGCUCAUCAAACGUAAUUCUUAACUUUUUUAAUGCUUGUCAAGUUCCGAAUGAAAAAGUCAAGGUGCCUCAAUAAAAACAAAAUAAA